GUUGAGUACGUUAAUGUAGUUUCCUCAUAUCUACUACAGUUUAAAAGCUGCUCCUUCAUCUAAGGGGCUACAAAGUGCGGCGGCGUUAAUGGCGUACGGUCCAACUUGCAGAUUCUCUCCACUUUUAUUUAUUAGCGUCAAGCACUUAUCGCAAGCGUUGCUUCUGGACCGUGCACUACUCAGAAACUUAUACAAAAUUUCUCCUCCAGUAGCGCUAUGCGGAUUACGCAUCACGUCUAGCGCGUCGACAGGGAAAAAAAGACAAAAAAAAAUGGCUUCAUCAUCUAAACCAUACUCACUUCAACUAGCUGAACGCAUCCACAAUACCACUGGCAAGGAUCAACUUGGUCGCAUAUGUUCUGCGGGUUUUAUCUUAGAAUCAUCAUGGCAUUCAGUCGUCGAGAGAAGAUUCAUGAACACGCCGCCUCAAGUUGUGAAGAAGGCUUUGCUUAGAGCAGGUAUCUUCUGGACGGUGUUAUAUUUUGGUACCGGCGAAGCAUUGAAAUGGGCCGAGCGGAAAGUCAAGAAGGCCGAGGAAGGCCGGCCAUGAAAACGAGUGGGCAAUCGGAAGAAUGUCCCCUCGUAUGGGAAUUGUAUAGGCCGACUCUUUUACAUCGGUCAUUUGAUACCCUUUGUCGUCAUGCAUGAGCCAAUAUUGUAGGAUCACUCAUACGCCAACACAUAUGGUUAAUAUAUCGCUUCCCGAAGGACAUAUUAGGAUACCUGCGAAUGUCACGAGUUCUGUACCAUCAGCUUCAAGUUAGCGGGAUGUUUUUCUUUAUGCGCAUUUUAUGUCUAUCGGACUGGUUCUAGGGGGGAAACAAAGUGACCAUGACAGCAACAACUUAGAGAUGAACUCUGCUCAAUACAAUUAAGUACAUGCCAAAUGACGCGAAUAAAGAUCGUUUAAGCGGAGGGGAUCGUAUUAUUAGAGAUGGCGAGAUACUGCUAGAUAAAUUUGAUCACCAUACAACACUGGUUCUCG